AUGAUUACAGGUACUUCUAUGACAAGUCAAGCGCCAACUACCAUGAAUCCAACUGGUUAUUGUAUGAAUGGAACUCAUAUAAUAUUAAAUAAUGGUACGUGUGUCUCAAGAGCAGAUGAACAAGCGUAUCUUGUCUCGGUAAUACUUGGUAAUUCUUCUAAUAGUACUGCAAAAUCUGAUGCUCUUCAGUCAUAUUUAAAUGUAAUUAAUAAUUCAACUGUAUCAUCAAAUUCUAGUAAUACUUUAUCAAUUGGACAAAUUAAUCAGGUAGUUGGUAGUUUAACAUCUGAUAAUUAUUCAAACGCUAACGGAGAUUCAUUUAUCCUUCUGACACAGCCUGGUACAAAUCUUACUAAUAAAACGAUAAUAGGUGUUUCCUACGCACCCAUUCGUAAUGAUACAAUUGUGAAUACAGCAAAUAAAGAUAAUGUAACUGAUCGAAUCCAACAAGUAAUAGGUAUUAUGGAACUAGAAUCGUUGAGUGGUGCUACGUCUUUCAAUAUGUUGCUGAUCAAUAAUCCUUCUUCAUUUCAAAAUCAAGAUAAUUCGAGCAGCGGAAUAAAAGUAGUAUCAUCGAUUGUUAUUUCCACGGUGAACACAGCAAAUUAUGUAAAUAAUCUAAAUAUUGGAUUAUAUUUUCAAGUUUUACAGUUUUAUGGUGCUGGAACACACAUGUGUGCAUUUUAUAACACAACAACCUCUCAAUGGGAUAAUGCCGGUUGUUCACCAGCAGUUUAUAAUCCAAUGUUUAACCGAUAUGAAUGUAAUUGUAAUCAUUUAACAUCUUUUGCUCUUAUUUGGUUACCACCACCAUCGAAUAGUAUAGACAGUCAAUGGGAUAUUCAAGAUACGAUAUCGAUUGUAGUUGAAGUUCUUUCAAUUGCAUGCUUCAUAGGUGUUCUAAUUCAUAUGAAUUUAAAUUGUAAUAAAGAUUCAAUGGAUUAUACUCAAAAAAGAAGUGUAUUACCAUUGAUUUCAGUUGGAAUAACAAUGAUUCUUUUUAUUUUUUAUAUUGCACUUGGAUUAACAGUUUAUUUCGGACGUCGAUCAUCAAAUACUUCUAAUACGCAACAAAACAAUCCAGACGGACGUUCCUUAGAUGUUUUGUCUCCUCGAAUAAUUUCUCCAACUGGAAUAUCUAAUAAUACUUUUACUCCAUGUGAAUCAGUCGAACUUGGAUUAAUGCAUAUUGUUUAUUUCUUAAUUAUUUUUAUGUUUGGCGUUAAAACAAGUGUUGCUUAUUUUAAUUAUAAACAUUUUGUUCAAUUAUUUCCUCCACCGAACCGUCGAUAUCUUUUUAUUGCCCUUGGCAUAUCAGCUCUUAUUGGCAUAAUUUUUAUGAGUUGUGCUGCUGGUAUUAAUAAUAAUUCAUCACAUAAAAUUAUUCAAAUAUAUCUCAACAAGAUUUGUUGGUUUACACAUGAUGUUAUCCACUACUUUUUAACUAUACCGAUAUGUAUAUUUCUCGCAUUAAAUAUCAUUUCAAUCUUUUUAGUUGCAAGACACGAAAUGAAAUCUUCUAGUGACGAGAAGUCCAAAAUAAGACAUCGGCGAAGAAAAUAUUGUGUAAUUUUUCUAUUAAUAUCUUGUCUUACUCAAGGUUUAAGUUGGGCCUUUGGCUUCUUAAUUACAAAUCUCGAUGCAGAACGUGCUGAUAUAGCUGGUUGGUUUUUUGUUAUUUUCAAUGGAUUGGAAGGUGUCUGGGCUAUACUUUUAUAUUGUAUUAUUCGAAAAGAGAAAAUAGAUGAAGACGAAGGAAGAGAGGAAAGACGUAAAGACAACGACAGACCGGCUGAGUAUGUGGCAUUACACGAUUUGAGUACUCAUAGACCAGACAGUUCAAUUGAUAAUCAAAACGAUGAGACGAUAUCCAGACAAUUGACAGCUUUGAGAAGUGAUCCACUACGUAAUUCAUAUGCUGAUUUAGAUGAAAUACAUAUCCAACAUCGCCCUCGUCAUGGUGAUAAGGAUAAUUUAGAUGAAUUGAACAUGCAUCAUCGCCCUCGUCGUGGUAAUAGUGAUGAUCAGUAA